UGCCGUACUUAUUUGUAAACACGGAAGUGUCAUGGUUUACGUCUCAUGUGCUAAUGAUAGGACGUGAAUGACUUGUUUUAAAGGUUUAAUAGCUAAUCAACCGCAAAUAUGUUUUAUUUAAAUCAGCAUGUCUUUGUUAGCAGAACAGAAUAAACGUGAAUAUAUAUAUAAAAAACGUUUUUCGUCUUUCGUAAAAUACACUGCAGCUGCUCUUAGCCACUUGAGCUUAGCCUGGUGCCCUCGUUGGUUUUGGGCAUGGCAGACAAAGCAGAGAAAACGUUUAAAUUCGUAGUUGUUGGAGGCGGUAUCGCGGGUGUGACGUGUGUUGAAAAGCUGUCAUCCCAGAUCCCGUCAGCAGAGGUGGCUCUAAUCACAGCGGGUCCCCAUAUUAAGGCAGUGACAAACUUUAAACAGGUGUCUAAGACGCUGGAAGAGUUUGAGAUUGAGGAGCGACCCUCCAGUGUCCUGGUACAGACGUUUCCCAAUCUGACGGUUAUUCACUCGGCAGUGAAAUCCCUUAACACGACGUCACAUUGUAUUGAAACAGCAGAUGGACGAGUUUAUGGUUAUGAGAAACUUUGCAUCUGCAGCGGAGGAAGACCUAAGCUGCUAACUCAGGACAAUCCAUACGUACUGGGUAUCAGGGACACAGACAGUGCCCAGGAGUUUCAAAAAAGGUUGUCGAAGGCUAGGAGAAUUGUUGUUGUUGGAAAUGGUGGCAUUGCCUUGGAAUUAGUGUAUGAGGUCGAAGGUUGCGAAGUGAUCUGGGCCAUUAAGGACAAGGCGAUAGGGAACACGUUUUUUGACGCAGGCGCGGCGCAGUUUCUUAUACCAUCACUGGAUGCAGGCAGACCAGAGAGACUGGUUCAAUGUAAAAGGCCUCGCUACACCACGGAGGAACCAGCAGAUGGAGCCUCACACAUCUACACUGCACAAGCGGAUUUGCGUGGGAAUGGCACUGGUCCCACAGAACCAGGCAGUGCCCUCGGCCCCGACUGGCACGAAGGAAUAGCUUUCAGAGGAGUGGAAGAGGUGUCCCGCAGAGUUUCAGUUGAAUACCAGUGUGAGGUGGAAAAGAUCUUGACCUCUGAGGAGCUGCUCAGUUCCCAACAGCAAACAAAUACACCAGAGAACGGAGGAUCGUGGCCAGUGUAUGUCCAGCUGACCAAUGGGAAAACCAUCGGCUGUGAUUUUGUGGUCAGUGCCACUGGUGUGGUGCCAAACACUGAGCCAUUUCUACACGGUAACAAUUUUCUACUUGCAGAAGAUGCCGGCUUGCGGGUGGAUGAUCAGAUGAUGACAUCAGAGCCAGAUGUCUACGCUGCAGGAGAUGUGUGCACUGCAUGCUGGGAGCACAGUUCCCUCUGGCAGCAGAUGCGUUUGUGGACUCAGGCCCGUCAGAUGGGUUGGUACGUCGGCCGCUGCAUGGCGGCACAUGUUCUCUCGGAACCAGUGGAACUGGACUUCUGCUUUGAACUCUUCUCACACAUAACGAAGUUCUUCAACUACAAGGUGGUUCUGCUGGGGAAGUUUAAUGGACAGGGGCUGGGCUCUAAUCAGGAACUCCUGGUCCGCUGCACUAAAGGACAGGAGUACGUCAAGGUUGUUCUUCAUGGUGGUCGGAUGGUGGGGGCCGUGCUGAUCGGAGAGACAGACCUGGAGGAGACUUUCGAGAACCUGAUCCUCAACCAGAUGGAUCUGACACCAUAUGGAGAGGACCUGUUGAAUCCCAACAUUGAUAUAGAGGACUACUUUGACUGAGAAACAAAAAAAAACAUUUGCCAUUUGGACUAGAAAAAUCCUAAACACUGGGAAAACCAGAGAUUGGCAGCUUAAAAAAAACGUUUAAGAUAUCUCAACUUCAGGAAUGUAAAAAGGCCCAGAGUUCUUCAGACUUUUGUUGUGUUGGGUUGCGGUUGCCGGUCUUAUGAUGCCAAGAAAUACCCUGUGGGCCUAUGUCUGUGCCAUGUAUAAUUUAAAGACGGGAUAGUAACCUAGAAAAUUCUCGUUCAUUCGUUUCUGCGUGGAUUUAAAUGAGAACGAGUGUCGAGACAGUGGCAGAGUUGUGGGUCAGAAAAGGAAAUACAAUAAGACUUUGUUAAACGGUUCACUGUUUUGAUAGGCAGACACGUCGCCUUUGCCAAACAAUGCAGAGCAACCAAUAAUACCGGCGUGUAGAAAAAGGCAGUCCUUUUGUUGCAACUUUGCUCAGAUUUCAACCUUGGCAGAACGAACAGCUCCUCCUGUGCCUCACAAAGCGCUGUGACAAAAGACAUUGUGAAACACACACAAUGCUGUCUAUUUUACCCAGGAAGUGUUGCUCGUGGAUUGCCGUGAUUUCAAAUCCAUCUUUUGUUUGGACAAGACACAAAAGAAGCAGAUCUGUGCAGAUAUAAUUUAAGAACACGCAAGGAGGUAACCUCCGAUAUCUACCUGCGGCAUUAGGUUUUAUAUACUUUUUGACAGUCUGGCAGCCACAUCAUUCAGCAGUGAUAUCUGAGUGAUCACAACUUUGCAGGAAUCCCAAGAACAGGGUGGUUUAUUUUCCCUAUUGUCUUCUUUAGGACUUUAUUUGUAAUAGUCAAAUUUAAACAGAUAUGAACCAGAGUUUCAGCAACAUAAAGUGUCUGUCUGACUGAACCUGUUGGUAAUCCUUGGUUAUAUAUACAUAUACUUGUGUUUGGACAGUAAGCAGCUAACAUUUUGUCAAUAUUAAAUUUUUAAUUCCUGUUGAA